GGUGGCCAGGUGGAGGACCUGAGCAAGCAGCUGAAGCGCGUGGACAGCCAGAUGCAGGGCAUUGCCACGCACGUGCAGCGCUUCUCUCAGGCCAGUGGGCUCGAUCUGGCCUCGCAAGAGUGGCCGGAGGAGCAGGAGGUGGCCAUGCAGGUGCUCGAUAGGGUGCGGACUGGGAGUAUCUUGAAGGACGCCGCCGAGGAGCUCAGCUUUGCCAGGGUAAUUCUACAGCGGGUUGAUGAACUAGAGAAGCUACUCAAAGAUCGGGAACAAUUCCUGGAACUAGUCAGCCGGAAGCUGAGUUUGGUUCCUGGUGCAGAAGAAGUCACCAUGGUCACCUGGGAAGAGCUGGAGCAGGCAAUUACAGACGGCUGGAGAGCCUCACAAGCGGCUGGAGUGCAGUGGCAUGGUCUCAGCUCACUGCAACCUCCACCUCCUGGGUUCAAGUGAUUCUCCUGCCUCAGCCUCCCAAGUAGCUGCGACUACAGUCAAAAGGACCGUACCUUCUGAACUGCAGGAGCAGCUGAAGACCGUAAAGACACUAGCCAAAGAAGUUCGGCAGGAAAAAGUAAAAGUGGAAAGGCUGCAAAGGAUCCUGGAGGGGGAAGGGACUCAAGAAGCAGGGAAGGAACUGAAAGCUGGAGAGCUGAGGUUACAGCUGGGUGUCCUCAGAGUCACCGUGGCUGACAUUGAGAAGGAGCUGGCCGAGUUGAGGGAGAGCCAAGACAGGGGCAAGGCCGCCAUGGAAAAUUCUGUCUCCGAAGCCUCCCUUUACCUGCAGGACCAGUUGGACAAGCUCAGGAUGAUCAUUGAGAGCAUGCUGACCUCCUCCUCCACGCUCCUGUCCAUGAGCAUGGCCCCACACAAGGCCCACACCUUGGCUCCUGGCCAGAUCGACCCUGAGGCCACCUGUCCAGCCUGCAGCCUGGAUGUGGGCCAUCAGGUCAGCAUGCUGGUGCAGCGCUAUGAGCAACUCCAAGACAUGGUCAACAGCCUGGUCAUCUCCCGACCCUCCAAGAAGGCCAAGCUUCAGAGACAGGACGAGGAGCUGCUGGGCCGCGUGCAGAGUGCCAUCCUGCAGGUGCAGGGCGACUGCGAGAAGCUUAACAUCACCACCAGCAACCUCAUCGAGGACCAUCGGCAGAAACAGAAGGACAUUGCUAUGCUGUACCAGGGUCUGGAGAAGCUCGAAAAGGAAAAGGCCAACAGGGAGCACCUGGAGAUGGAGAUUGAUGUGAAAGCCGACAAGAGUGCUCUAGCCACCAAAGUGAGCCGUAUCCAGUUUGAUGCCACCACGGAGCAGCUGAACCACAUGAUGCAGGAGCUGGUGGCCAAGAUGAGCGGGCAGGAGCAGGACUGGCAGAAGAUGCUGGACAAGCUGCUCACAGAGAUGGACAACAAGCUGGACCGCCUGGAGCUGGACCCAGUGAAGCAGUUGCUGGAGGAUCGGUGGAAAUCACUGCGACAGCAGCUCAGGGAGCGCCCCCCACUCUACCAGGCAGACGAGGCGGCUGCCAUGCGGAGGCAGCUCCUGGCACAUUUCCACUGCCUUUCAUGUGACCGGCCCUUGGAGACACCUGUGACCGGACAUGCCAUCCCUGUGACCCCCGCGGGUCCAGGCCUACCUGGCCACCAUUCCAUCCGCCCCUACACGGUGUUUGAACUGGAGCAGGUCCGGCAGCAUAGCCGCAACCUCAAGCUGGGCAGUGCCUUCCCUCGGGGUGACCUGGCACAGAUGAAGCAGAGCGUGGGGCGCCUGCGCUCCAUGCACUCCAAGAUGCUGAUGAAUAUCGAGAAGGUGCAGAUCCACUUCGGGGGCUCCACCAAGGCCAGCAGCCAGAUAAUCCGCGAGCUGCUGCACUCCCAGUGCCUGGGCUCCCCCUGCUACAAACGGGUGACAGAUAUGGCCGAUUACACCUACUCAACUGUGCCCCGGCGCUGCGGGGGCAGCCACACCCUCACCUACCCCUACCACCGCAGCCGCCCGCAGCACCUACCCCGGGGCCUGUAUCCCACCGAAGAGAUCCAGAUUGCCAUGAAGCGUGAUGAGGUAGACAUCUUGGGCCUGGAUGGCCACAUUUACAAGGGACGGAUGGACACAAGGCUGCCGGGCAUCCUCAGCAAAGACAGCUCAGGGACCUCAAAGCGCAAGUCCCAGCAGCCCAGGCCCCACGUGCACAGGCCGCCAUCCCUCGGCGGCAAUGGCCACCUGCCCUCCCGGCCACAGAGUGCCCAGAUGUCAGCUGGCAACAUCUCAGAAAGACAGACCUUCCUCCGAGGGCCGUCUCUCCCAGCCGAACACAGCCCACCCACCCAGCUCUGCCACGGUGGCAAACAGGGGGCUGGAGAGGCACAUGGACAUGCCUCCUGGGGAGGGGCUCGAGGAGCCCACGCGGGGGCCACGGUCCAGCACUGCUCAGUGAGCGGAGGUGUAAAUAAAUGUUCAGGAGGAAGUUUAGUGGAUCUGGUUCGUAGCCUGAAACCUGGGGGGCUGGGGCCCGAGCUGUCAGUGUCCAGCACUCUGGGCGUGAGGGUGGCAGCCGCCUGCUGCGCUCUUGCUGCCGGCUCAGGGUGGUUCUUGACCCCUGGCGUGGGAUUCCAGGGAAGCAGUGCCAAUGGCUGGAGGCUGGGCAGGUUUCUGUUUGCCGCCCUCUGCUGCUCUCCCUUGAGUGGGCUGCUGCAGAGACAGCCGGGGCCUGAAAGCUCAGACCAGGGGCUGCUGUGGCUGUGA